CCGUCGUGUCAUUAAGCGGGAAAAGUCUCAGGGCACUGGAUGAAAAUUGAACAUACCUAAUGUAUUUUUUUAUUGAAAAUAUACAAAUUUUUGACUGUAAUGCAAAUUGAUUUAUAAUGUCCAAACUGUAAAAAAAAUAUCAUAAUGUUUGAAUGGGCGUACAGUGGUGCGAAUAAAGCUGUACCUAGAAAUGUGGGUCCCGAGUGUGCAUAUUUUCUAUCCACUCAAAGACAAAUAAUUGAAACCAUUCUAGUAGUUGCAGUUUGUAUUUAUGUUAUUGUAAAAACAUACCCAAAAUUACACAUUCCAAAUGAAGCAUUGUAUGUUAAGAGUGACAGAGGAGGUAAAAGGUUACUUGUGAUACUAUUGGCCUUAUUAUGGGGGAUGGAAAUUGGUUUCAAAUUUGCAUCUCGCACUGUUAUAUAUUUAUUAAAUCCAUGCCAUGUGACAACUUUAAUUCAAAUUUAUUUAUUGGCUGCACCUCCUAGCAAAACAGUAACAGCUCUCUUUAGAAUUCAUUUAAAUCUACUAAAUGGACCACUUUUAGCUUUUUUGUUUCCAGAGACAGCUUCUAGAACUAUAUUAGUAGAAGCUGCAUUGUAUUGGAUUCAACAUGGUAUGAUGUUUGUCAUACCAUACUAUUUGCUCAGAAUUGGUGGUGUUUAUAACAUUGAACCUUUUUGGGACUUUAAUUGGGCUAUCUUCAGUUACUGUCUCAAUUUGUUAUAUCACUUCAUUAUUUUACAAAUUAUUGCCAUACCAGCACAAGUCAACUUAAAUCAUAUGCUCUGUCCAGCUAUAUUGGAUCCGUUUGACGGUCCAUGGUACCGUAUAGCUGCAGUAUUACAUCAGGCUAUUCUCUGUCCUAUGUUAUGUAAACUUUUCUGCCUUGUCGCAGAAUUUUGCCUUACUAAGUUUCCGCCUACAAAAGUAAAACCAAAGAUGAAAGAUAAUCUAUUAGACAAUAUUCUAGAGCAAAGAGAACAUGCUCAGUAGCUUUUUAAUGCUUAUUCUAAAAGAUCGUUUACGCUACUUCCACCAUGCGGAAAUAGCCAUGUGAUUUAUUCAGCAAAGCCUGAAAUAAGCACCAAGUAGAUUGAAUAUGUAGAAAAUGCGCUAAAGUUACCAUAAGUAUUACGCUCGAGUUCGCUUUAAUUUUCGCACAUUGAGUUAUUUGAGUACAUAAUUCACAAAUAAAAAUGUUGAGCUAUAA